AUGUUGUUGUUUUGUGUGUGUAGUGAUGAAGAGGCCUCCUUGGGUGAAUUCUAUCCCAUCAUUCCUGGUGAUGUCAUGUCUGUCAAAGAGAUCCUGACUGGACCCAAGUUCCCUCGUCACAGGACAUGGGAGGCUCUAAAGGAGACGAUGUGCGCUGAGGAUCUGCAGAAGCGUCAGAAGUGGACGCUGUUUGGAAAUGAGCUGGAGAAUCUGGAGGUGGGACUGCUCAGAAACCAGCAUCUGAUUCGCCAGCAGGUCAACCGAUCGGCUCUCAGGAAUCAGGCGGAGAGAAAAGCUGCGCAGCACCUGAAGCUUGUGCAGGAUUUGAGCUUGAAGGCUCCAGAUUUCUGCGUGCCGCUGCGUCCUCAUACGGUGUGGUGCGGCAUGGAUGUUAAACUCUCCUGCUCAGUGCAGGGCUUUCCUGAUCCAAGCAUUACCUGGUUUAAGGAUGACGCUCCUCUGCAGCCUCCUCUGCCCUGGAACUACAGGAUCAGCAGCACAUUCGGACUCCACGUCUUGGAGAUCAGGAGAGAUGGAUCUGCGGUGGCGGUGGGCGCUCCAGGUUCUCCUCUGCAGGUGAAGUGUUCUGAUGUGAACCGGGAUUAUGUGUUCCUCUCCUGGAUUCCUCCCAGCGCAGACGGAGCUGCCGCGGUUCAGGGUUACUUCAUAGAGAGGUGUGACAUCGGUGUUGGGAAGUGGGAACGCUGUAAUGAUGCCAUCCAGAAGGUGUGUCAGUAUCCUGUAAUGGGCCUGAAGGAAAACACCAUGUAUCAGUUCAGAGUGUGUGCCGUCAAUCAAGCGGGUGUAGGACGCCCGUCUAAACCCAGCGACCCAAUCCUGACCUCUGACCCCCUGGAGCCCAGCAGGACUAUGGUGGUGAAGGUGGAGCGCGGCAGACAGAUCGUGAUCACUAAAGACCAGCUGGAGGGUCAAAUCCGAGUGCCGUUUCCCCCGACUGAGGUGCAAGUUUCUGAGCUUAGCGACACCUACGCUGUGCUAUGUUGGACUGAGCCGGAUCCGCGCGGACGGGAGCCUCUCAAAUACUUCGUGGAGCGGUCAAUAUCAGGAACUGAGAGCUGGCAUCUGGCUAGUAUGGAUAUGACAGUAUUGUCUACCAGAUUCUCUGCGUUUGACCAGCAGAAGGGAAAAUCUUACUCCUACCGCGUUCGAUCCGUCAACAAGUAUGGAAUCAGCGAACCGUCUCUUCCCAGUGAGCCCGUCUCGCUCGGACAACCACAAGGAGUUCCUGCUCCACCAAGUGGUGUUUUGCCGAUGCGAGACACGGACAGCUCCGUGCUGCUGCAGUGGAAGGAGCCCGCGGUGGCAGAAGGCAUUGUGGGAUACUAUCUGUACUGCAGCGAGGCUGGAAGCGGACAGUGGAAAACCAUCAAUAAUAAGCCCAUCACCAAAACCAGGUUCACCGUUGACGGCCUGAAGAGCAAUAAGCAGUAUGUGUUUCGGGUGAAGUCUGUGGGCGUAUCUGGAAACAGCAUCUACUCUGAAGAGUCUCCUGUCAUUCGAGUCAAAGCAGCGCUGAGUAAGAGUUUGACCAGCUUCUUUGUUAGGGGUGCCGCUGGCCGCUACCGGCCCUAUUACAACAUAUUAAGAGUGUCACGGACGAAAGAGAAGAGCUGGGAGCUGGGAGGAGUAGGGCUGCUGACAGGUCUUCAGGAAGGACAUUUUUACCAGUUUCGAGUUUUUGCAGCCAAUAUUAUAGGAGUGGGCAAACCUUCUGAACCCAGUGAACUGCUCUUAUGUGAGCCAUGGACCAUGCCUGAGCCGGGCUGUCCGUAUGAUCUGGAGUUUAGAGAAGUGAGGAGUGACUCUCUGGUGCUGCUGUGGGCGGAGCCUCUGUACAAGGGCCAAUCAGAGAUCAGUGGCUAUAUAGUGGAGAUCAGUGAGGGGGCGGAGUCUGAGGAUUGGACCCGUGUGACAAGCGAACUGGUGACAGAAACUCACUUAAAGGUGUGUGAUCUGCGCGCGGGUCAGAUGUACCGUCUGCGUGUGUGCGCUGUUAAUGAUGCUGGAGUCGGCAUGUGUUCAGUCCCGUCUGAGCCCGUCACAGCACACACUAAAGCAGGAACCAAAGAGAUGGAGAUCGGGGUUGAUAAUGAUGGCUUCAUAUUCCUGAGUUUUGAAGCUCCAGACGGCACUGAUGAAGGAGUCUUUAGGUGGAAUAGAAACUAUGGAAAAGCCAUCGAUGCCGGACGAGCCCGACUGGAGAACAAAAACAACAGGUCUGUUCUCACCUUCACGGCCGCAUCGGAGCAGGAUUUAGGCCUUUACACAGUGGAGCUGAGUGGAAAACCUGACAUCUCCUCCAGUUUCACCUUCACUGCAGACGAUCUGGAGAGGCUGACGGAACUCGGCUGGCACAUCAGAAACCCCUUGAUCGGUCUUCGCUCUGAGGGCUGGCAGGUGGAGGUGUCGGAGCAGGGAUCGGUGCGUCUGUGGCUACAGACUGAACCUCUCAGCAGUGCAGCUGUGCUUCGGCUCAUCCUGAAUGACAGAGAGAUCUCCAGCACACCGGCCCGCAAGAUCAACUUUGACAAGGCGCAUGGUUUGGUGGAGAUCCUGAUUGAGCAGAUCUCAGAAGAGGACGAGGGCUCGUACACCGCACAGCUCAAAGACGGACGCGCCAAAAACCAGUUCACGCUGGUGUUUGUGGAUAAGAAGUUUAAGGAGACACUGGCCAGAUCUCAAGCCAACAGAAAGAACUGGAAGAGAAAGUCAGGUCCACAUUUUGAGGAGUUUUUGUCAUGGACUGUGACCUCAGAUUGUGAGAUGAUCAUGAAGUGCAAGGUCACCAACAUGAGUAAAGACACACGUCUGAAGUGGAUUAAGGAUGGAGUGGAGCUUCCUCAGGCUGUGUUUGAGCCCACAGGUGUCAGUACACUCACCGUAUCACAGGUGACCAGGAAGGAAUUGGGGGUGUACAGAGCUAUAGUGAGUGACAGCAGAGGAGAAGAUGACACUGUCCUGGAGCUGAUAGACGAUGAAUUUGACCGUCUGAUGCUGCAGCUCAGCAAACAGUGCGUGCUCUCUGCUGGUCCAGUGUAUAUCCAGUGCACUGCGCAGGGCUUCAAGCUUUACUGCUCCCUCAAAUACUACCUGACCUACAUCAAGACCAGCUGGCACUUCAAAGAGCGCAGGAUUGAUCUGGACGAGCGCUGCAGGCCCGGCUCCAGCAUGCAGAAGCUCUGGAUCGAGAUCUUCAAUCCCACUGAAAACGAUAAAGGCAAAUACACACUGGAGAUGUGUGAUGGCCAGGACACACACAAGCGCUCUCUGGAUCUGUCUGGACAAGCGUUUGCUGAUGCUCUGCUGGAACACCAGAGACUGAAGCAAGUAGAGUUUGCAGAGAAAAAUCGAGCCCGAGUCACGAAGGGUCUUCCUGAUGUUGUGGCCAUAAUGGAGGACAAGUCUCUGUGUCUGACGUGUUUUGCUGACGGUGAUCCUGCGCCUGAAAUGUUCUGGCUGAAGAACGACAGAGAAAUCUCGUCCGCUGCCCAGUACAGCAUUAAAAACGAGAAUAAAUCCUCCACGCUCACCAUAAACCACGUCAGCAUGGAGGACUCGGGGAACUACAGCAUCUUCGUGCGCAAUAAACACGGCUCGCAGACGGUCCUGGUGACGGUCAGUGUGUACAAACAUGGGGAAAAACCCAGAGGAGACGCGGUGCAGAUGUAAAAACCACAGCAAACACUGAUUGGUGGAGGAGUGCACUGUAUUUACAUGUGUGAUUAUUCUGUGUGAUGAUGUUAAAGAGCAGGUCACAUGGGCUUUCGAAAAAUAUUCUGUAUGCAGUUCUUAAUGUAGCUGUCAUUUAAUGUAAACAAUUUGCAAAGUUGCAAAGUCAUAAAAGUGCCUGAUAAAUAAAGAUGUAGUCUCUCGACUCUGAGUCAACUCUGAA